UCGACUGGUCUCGUUCGCGGCUGAUCCGCACUCGCUGAACACGGAGUGCGCAAACGCACCACACUGGCGGCUGUUUCCUAGUGCGCUGAAACCGGCAACGAGAUUCCGCUCAGCUUGCCGUCAGUCUUGGCACGGACUUCUGCUCGAACCGAUCUCGCGGUGCGUGUUUUCGCCAGGUUCUUCGACACCGCGUGGAAUUCACUGCUCUGUGCACACUUCUUCACCGUUCGUUCGUGAAAAUGUGAUCGACUGCGACUACGAUUUCGACUUUCUUAUCGAUCGAUUGUUUUUUAUCGACUGCUGUGUGGGUGUGUGGGUGUGCGUUCGUGAAUCUCGUCAAGUGUAAUGGCAAUAAUCUUGAUCCACUUGCGUCGAAUUGUGCUGCUGGUCACGGUCGCUUAUCUCUGUGGCACCCUGGUGAAGAAGCUGCUGUACGGUACCGCUGUGCGCUAUCCCAAGAUCAACAAUCUGCUGUUUACGAAGCGGUUCCACUGUCAGCUGUGGGUUUACCUGUACACCGUGUACCUGUACGUGGUCGUGCUCAACUGUAUCGGCUGGAAUCAGCUCAACGUGUUGGACUUUUUCCUUCAAUGAAAAUUCGGUUCGGUGAAAAUUCCCUGCUCGUUAGUGUGAGUUCCACCGACUAAAAUUAAUCUGGAAGACAACCGGCGGCGCUUGAGA